UUUUUUCACAUUUCCUCAGAUUCAAUUCUUAGGCAUGUUAACAGUCUCAUUAUUCUGAGUAUGUGUCCUACUGUAUUUACAUAAUGCUAAAAGGCAUAAUGACCAUCAAUUUGAUGAGCCGGUGGCUCCCGGGCUGCAGUCUUUCCCAUUUGCUCCGUUUGAGUUCAUCCACAGGGAACCGAAAAAACGAACACUUUUCCCUCCUACUUCGGUGACUACAUCUAAAAACGAAGCAGCAAACCAUGUUGGCAGCUGUAGUUCUUUUAACUGAUUGAAAGAAGCAGUCGUGAUGCGUUAGGCAACAAAAGAAAAUCGGAAAAAAAUGGAUGAAGUCUGGGGAAAAGAAUGCCAAAAUAUUGACUUGAAAGAUGGAGAUGUAAAACUGAGGAAAACUGAUGAUGAUACAGAAAACCAACGAGUGCCUGAGGCCCACAAUGUCACAUGUCCUGUCAAGCGUAAGCCAGGCCGUCCUCGUAAGAAAAGAAGGGGUUGCCCAGGUGGUCCUCGUAAGAAUAGAGCACCAAUAAUAAUAAGGACUCUUCCAGAAGAAGUCUAUUUACUAGACAGGAAAACAAGGUCAUAUGAGACGGUCCGUAUUGGUAGCCAAAUCGAUAGGUGGCAUGCUUUAAAGAAUCAUUUACUGAUGGGACAGGGUACAAAAAUACAGGAUGAAGAUGUGGCAAAAAUUCUCCUUGACUCGUUCUAUGAAUGUGGCAGACACCAUUCUGACCAAGGCGGUAUCGCUGCCAGACAACUUGUUGUCUACAUGCAGCAGCAUGAUUCAAACUCUACAGAUAACACUGGACAAGACAUGGCUGUUUCAACAAUGAAGCAACAGGCAAGUUGCAUGAAAUUUAUUGACACAAGAGAGCAAGGUGAAGCAAGCCAUGAUAAUUCUGUGGAUCAAUAUACCAAUGAUGUUAUCAUUCAGAAUAUAGAAAAUCGGAGUAAUACUGAAGCCAUAGGGCAGCUUGAGGCAAGUAAGGAGUAUACCAUUGAUAAUGAUAGUACUGACACCAGAGGGCAGCUGAAGGCAAGAAAGGACUAUACUAUUGAAAAAGACAAUACUAACACCAGAGGGCAGCUGGAGGCAAGAAAGGAUAAUACCAAUGGUCUAGACAAUACAGACACCAGAGGGCAGCUGAAGGCAAGAAAGAAUAAUACCAUUGGUGUAGACAAUACUGACACCAGAGGGCAGCUGGAGGCAAGAAGCGAUAAACCCUUUGGUCAAAACUAUGGCAACAGUGGGGUAUGUGGUUUGUUAAGCCAGGGCAACUGCUGUGGUCAAGACACUUCUGAAUUGAACCUUCUUAAGACGUUUUGUGUGGACCAUGACAGUAUUAUAAGGAUUCACAUCCCUUUUCAGACACAGGAAAUUAAGUCAGAACCAAACAAAGAUCUCUUUGAUAAGGGCAGUGCUUGUAUUGAAAAUACAAAGAAAACUAUUAUACAAAAUAAAACUACUCUCAGUCCCAUGAAUCUGAUAGAUGAUGAAAUUAAUUCCAGUGAGGAAGCAAUGAGUGAAGAGAGCGAUGAUCACUCGAUGAAAGAUGAUGAUGAUGAUGAUGAUGAUUUGUAUGUACCAAGUGAUGAAGAGCUUGAAACAGAUGACGAUGAAGUUAGCAUGAGUGGUGAGGAAAGUGAUGAUCCUUAUAAGCCUGGAGAUGAAGGAUAUCAACAAGGAAAACGGAAUUGUGGCAAGUUUAUCAGUAAAACAAAAAAAAUAUUUAAGAAGCAUCAGGAAGGGCACAGGAAGCACAGAAAGAUGGCAGCAAAACAAAAUGGGGAGAAAAAUAAAAUGCACACCUGUAAGGAUUGUGAUCUGAGUUUUCCAAUGUUGUCAGGUUUGAGAGAUCAUAAGAAAGCUCACUCUUUUAAGUGUUCAUACUGUGAAAAGGAAUUUAAAAGUAAACGUAGCUUCAGAACCCAUGAAAAGACACAUCCUGAAGCCCGUAAUUUUCUUUGCAGAUACUGUGGAAAGAACUUUACCUUAAGUCAGUCAUGGAGAUGGCAUGAGAAAAAUCAUGUCAAAAUUUUGCCUCCGGAAAAAACAUAUUUGUGCCACCUUUGCGGUAAAGAUUUUGUGAGAGGGGUUUAUUUGCAGAGGCAUAUUAGACUUCAUACUGGUGAAAAACCUUUCCAGUGUAAAACCUGCACAAAAUCUUUUGCUGCUCCUGGUGCAUUGCAUCGGCAUAGUUUAAUUCACAGAGGUGAAAAACGACAUCAGUGUAACUUCUGUGAGAAAAGAUUUGUACAAAAAGGGGCUUGUACCAGACACAUGAGAGUGCACACAGGAGAGAAACCUUACAAAUGUCAUUACUGCGAUGAGGCCUUUUCGCACAAUGUCAGUCGUAAAACGCAUGAAAAAUUGCACAAAAAGUGUGAAGAAGAGUUUUCAGUUUAAACAACAUUUCUCUGAUAAUAUUGUGGCUUUAUUUUAGAAGUUGAUUAUUUUAUUUAUGUUGCACUGACUCUAAUGCUUGAAAGUGUAAGAUUUCCCUGCUAAGUAUUUGUACUUCAUGCAUUUUGUUGCCCAGGAUCACCCUCGUGUAACUUGACCAAAUCCCACAAUGCAAAGAAAGUGGCUUGCUUGAGAGGUUAGUCCAUAUGAACUGUUUUUUCACCUGAAAGUAUUUUUGUUGAAGAGAUUUCAAGAUUUAUUUUCCUAGCCGUGUGAUAGAAUAAGGGAUGCGUACAGAGCAUCAAACUAAAGCCAAUUGCUUAAAAUUUCGCAGGAAUUUCUAAACAUAGUUCAUGCAAGCUAUGUUGAAAAGUUGUUAGUAGCAUUUCCUUUCUUGUUUUUAUGUUGGUAAUAAGGUGAGUGUAACGAGAGUUCUAAUAUAUCGACUAAUAAUGGAUUAUUUUCUUUCCCGGGAAAGGCUUAGCAUCAUAAUUACAGAGAGGAAUGAUUAGAUUUGUGUUGCUGAUGCUUCCA